AAUGAACAGUGUACCCUUAGUAAAGUGCUCCGGCUUUCUGAAAGGAUAAUGAAAGAAACAAAAGAAACACUGGGAUACCAUUUGGACCAGGAACUUGAGGCAAAGAUUGCACAAGAGCCUUGAGCAGAGCAACACAAAAAGAAUGAGUAAAGGGGUAUCUGCUUCUCAAUUCUCUUGACAUUGAAGGGCAAAGGGAUGGCUGUUUCUCUUGUGAGUGUGAAGAGAUUGUGCCCUUCAAUUUCAAGUUCAGCUGAGGAAGUUUCAAAACCAGUGAAUCAGUGUAAUGUUGGGUUUUUUCCUCUGCAAUAUAAACUGCGAUCCAGGUGCCAUGUUGUGUUACCCUCUCAAGAGACGGUAUCUCACCGUCGACAUGUUUUAUUAUGUGGUAGCGUUUCAAUAUUUACCACUUUAACCUUCAAUUGCCCCCUGAUGCCUUUAUCUGCAUGGGCUGGAGACGAGGUGAAGGGAGAAGAAGAAAACAAGGAUGAGAAUGUUGUUGGGGCCAUAAAAUCAUUGUUCGAUCCUGAUGAGAAAACAAAGACUGGAAAAGUGUUACCAAAAGCUUACUUGAAAUCAGCAAGAGAGGUUGUGAAGACACUACGCGAGUCAUUGAAGGAAGACCCCAAGGAUGUGCCAAAAUUUAGACGGACGGCAGAUUCAGCAAAGGAAUCAAUUCGGGAAUAUCUAAACGGUUGGAGAGGACAGAAGACAGUAGUCAAUGAGGAAUCAUAUGUUGUGCUUGAGAAAGCAAUCAGGUCCCUGGCCAGCUUCUACUCAAAGGCAGGUCCGUCAGCGCCGCUUCCAGAAGAAGUCAAGUCUGAAAUUCUAAAUGAUUUAAACACUGCUGAAGAAUUCUUGUAAUAUGACGAUUACUUGUUCACUCGAUCAACUUAGAUGGAAAAUUUUGCCAUGCUUUUUUUUAUAUAAUAAAAACUAAGCUUUUAUUUAUUUAUUUUUUUCU